AUGUCGGGCCAAUUCAUAUAUCCGCCGCCAAACUCACAGGACGUCACGUUAAACUACAAUUAUCGCGAUUCAGUGGAGGUCAGCUUCGAAACAACAACCAAGAAUAAAAUCAGCCCGUACUUGUCGUUAUGGUAUUAUCUCGACGGACAGCCAUGGGCUAUGGGAUACAACACAUCCGUCCCAUCCAACGGCACUAUAACGGUUGACUUGAACGUCCUCGAACAAGCCUACUACGGCCAAUUCAAUUUUGACGAUGGCAGUUCCGUCCUAUAUCUCAGCUGUUUCUUCAAUGUCGCCUAUAACACGUCGCAAAGCCCGACGACAUGGGGUCAGAGUGCUGCUGCAGCUUGGUCGUCGUCGCUAGCGGCUGCUACAUCGACCACAUCAUCUUCAUCUACCAAAUCGACCGCGACUUCGACAACAUCUUCGUCUACAUCUACAUCUGCGACUUCCUCCUCUACUAUCACAUCCGCUGCAACACAAUUAGCCACUCCGUCGAGUACAUCAAGUUCAUCAUCUGGCCUGAGCAGCGGCGCAAUAGCCGGUAUUGCCGUGGGUGUGGUUAUCGGUGUCCUCGCCCUUCUAGGCAUGGGAAUAUUCUUCUGGUGGCGGAACAGGAAAGCGAACAAGGUGCAGGGCGGGUUUGUCGGCGAAUUACCUGGAGGUGAACCGAGCCCACAGCAACAGACUUUUAUCAGCAACAAUCAUAAUAAUCAAGCAGAAAAGACGAAUUUGGUUCCAUAUUCAGAUCAUCCUGCCCGAAAUCCUGCGGCGGAGUUGGCUGGAAACCGUGCUCUGCAGGAGUUGCCGUGA